UGAGCCGGGCCGCAGUCAGAUCCGGGGAGGAAGGAUGGAUGAAGCCGGGCGCUGCCGCCGGGAGUCGGGGCUCGUCCCCGCUCCUUGGUCCCUGUGAACGGCGGGAAGGAGCCGCCGGGGACUCGCGCUGUAUCCGCCCCGGGGUGUCUGGGCUGAGCUAGGGCGGGAGCCCCAGGCCUAGGAGAGCCAGCCCCCCCACGGGGGGGGGGCGCCUUGGGACAGCGGGGGAGGCUCCGGGGUUCCCUGGGAGGGGGUGAGGGAUGCUCAGGGCACAAGCCUGACCUGGGAGUCCUCAGGUAGAGAAGCCACUGGGGGGCUCGGGGUGUCCCGUGCAGGCCGAAGGGGAGUCCAGGAAUCCGGGGACCCCUGGCAGUGCGGGGGGGGCUGAAGGCUCGGGGCUGGGGCCCCUGGGAGUGCAGGGAGGGCUCUUGAAGGCUCGGGGCUGGGACCCCUGGGGGUGCCGAGGGGUCCCGUGACAGCUCUGCGGGGAGUCCAGGGGGGCCCUAGAAGUAGAGCCAUGGCCACCCGGCGUUUAACAGACGCGUUCUUGUUGUUGCGGAACAACGCGAUCCAAAACCGGCAGCUGCUGGCCGAGCAAGUGAGUAGUUACAGCUCCUCCAGCCCUCUGAAUUCACGUAGCAUGGCUGCUGCGGAGCUGGAUGAGCUUGCUGAUGAUCGCAUGGCACUAGUAUCAGGGAUCAGUUUAGAUCCCGAAGCAGCAGUUUGUGUAACAAAGCGGCUACCCCCCAAAUGGGUUGAUGGAGUGGGAGAAAUUCAGGAUGAUAUCAGCAGGAUUAAACAGAAGAUGAAAGAAUUAGCCAGUCUUCAUGACAAAUAUUUAAACAGACCUACUUUGGAUGAUAGCAGCGAAGAAGAACAUGCAAUAGAAAUUACUACCCAAGAGAUCACACAGCUAUUUCACAGAUGCCAGAGAGCAGUCCAGGCCUUGCAGAGCAGGUCACGUAAUUGUACAGAACAAGAAGAACGUGUUCUCAGAAACAUAGUGUCUUCCUUAGCACAGUCCCUUCAGGACCUAUCCACCAACUUUAGGCAUGCACAGUCUGACUAUCUCAAACGCAUGAAAAAUCGAGAAGAAAGAGCCAAGCAUUUCUUUGAUACGUCAGUCCCGCUCAUGGAUGAUGGAGAGGACAGUACUCUUUAUGAUCGGGGUUUUACAGAUGACCAGUUAGUAUUGGUGGAACAAAACACAUUAAUGGUGGAAGAGCGGGAAAGAGAAAUCCGCCAGAUUGUACAAUCAAUCUCUGAUCUCAAUGAAAUAUUUAGGGACCUUGGAGCAAUGAUAGUGGAACAGGGUACAGUUCUGGACAGAAUUGACUACAAUGUUGAGCAGUCGUGUGUAAAAACUGAAGAGGGAUUGAAACAAUUACAUAAGGCUGAACAAUAUCAGAAGAAGAAUCGGAAGAUGUUUGUCAUUUUAAUUUUAUUUGUAAUAGUAAUUGUACUUAUUGUUGUUCUUGUUGGUGUAAAGUCACACUAGGUAACAGCUCUAUGAUUUUCUUAUUUUUGUGUGUAUGUAAUUAUUUUUCCUAAUCUGAAUGGAUGGACCUGCACUCCUGAAAUUGCCUUUGAAUGUAUAAGCCCUAGUGGUACAAAGUCUGUGCAAUGUUUCAGUAGAACUCUUUUCAUAAUACAUGCUUCGGUGAUACCAGAGGUGUUUGUAGAACUUGUACAGAAAAUGCCAGGUCACUUGAUAAUGCUACCAAAUUGGUCAUCCAGUUCUUUAUCCAACCAUAUUUGGAAUACUGUGCAGUAUUUUUAAAAAAUUAUGGAAAAUAAGAGUAGAAGUUUACAAGAAAGUACAAUAAUUAGUAUUUCACUGUGUGCAAAAAAGUGUGCUGUUCUUUGUAGUCUUACGUUGCAAUUUUGUAAACUAUAAAGGUUUUUAUGGGACUAUGAUUUGGAGGUUAAAUGCCUUAAAAGAUGCACAAAAUUCUAACUGUUUGAUUUCACCUACUUUUCUCCAAACUUUAAAAAAAUAUAUUUGCAUUGACUAUUAAAAAAGAUACCUCUUAAAACAGAGCAUAAUUAAAACCCUGUGAUCUUAAUUUAGAUUUUGCACCGUUAGUAAUUAUCAAGAUAGUACUUAAAAGUGUAAAUAACAAGAGUUAAUCACUGGUAUAAUUUAACACAGUUAAUUUAUAGUUAAUUAAAAUAGCUUCCUAAGCCUAAGUAAUCAUAGGGAUAAUUUUUCCUCAUCAAAAAGAUCAUGCGUGAUAUUUAUUAUUGCAAAUUUCUUGGUUAUAUAUUAAGUACAGCCAGCUACAUUAAAAUAGUGUUAAUGGUUUGAGCUAAACGUGCAAUAGAAAGAAAAUUCUCCAUUUAGCCACCUGUAUCCUUCAUCUAUUUCCCUCCAUCAGGUGUCCCACAACAGUGGAUGGUAGGCUGUCUUCACGUACAAGUAGUCCCAAACAUUUACAGUGCAUCUAUCUAUACGCUCAACCUAAAUAAGUAUUUCAGUAUGGGUACAAUAUGUAGUGCAGUCAUUGCCCCAGGCCAGACUUUGUAAGGGGACAAGUUUAAGGUGCAGUGUUGACCAUGGUUAAAAUGAUGUACUGGUAUGAGCAUGCAUCAGACCUUUGGUGCAGGAUUUCUGGCUUGCUGUGAUUCUGCAGCAGUACAAUUUGCUGUAGGUCAGGGGAGAGAGAGAAGAGAAAUCUUGAGCAGUGGGUAUUAAUGGUUUAAUAUGGUCCAAAGUGUUGCACAAUUUUAGGGGCAUUGCUUUAAUAUUUUUAACAAGGCUUUUCUGUAUUGAAUAUUUGGUUUCUCUAAGAGGCUAUAGCUUGUACUAAUGGCACUUUCUGUUCCGAUUUGUGCUUGCAGUGAUGUUGUGCCCAAAGCCACUGAAGCUCAGGUACACAAUAUAAUGAUUCUAAAAUUGGACAUGGGGGAUUGGGAUCCUCUGUCCAUAUCCGUGCACAGACUCUUGCCAGGUUUCUUCCUGUAAUGGGCCAUGUAUGCCAUCCACCAACCCCUACUUUCCCGAGUAAUGAUGGCAUACAUGGGUCUUCCUUGGCAUACUAAUAUUAAGAUAUGGCCCUUUAAAAAGUACUUCUAGCUAUCAAUUUUAUCGAUUUUCCUUUGUUUGACAAGCUCUUCAGUCAUUAAGGUGUUUAGGGUAUCUGUUUACUUGCUGGGAUACUUCAGUGUCAGUUCCAAAUCUCUAGGUGUUAUGUAUGGCAAAUUAAACCGGACCGAUUUACUCUGAUGGAAAGAGAUCCACUAAUGAAGUGGAUAUUCUCGCCUCCCCUCUCCUGCUAACCCCUUUGUCCUCUGCCUUCCCCCAUGCCACUGAAGAAUUGGUGUUAGUAGCUGCAAGGCAGAGGAGACACAUGGAUGUCCUUCAUAAUGAAUAAUGGGUGUUUUCUCUAUUAAAAAUGGAGAAGAUAUUGCAGGCUAAAGAGAGAAAUCCCUAGCAUGUGCUUAAGUUGCUGCCUUUUGCAAGAUGAGUGUGCCAGGGAACUUCCUUGGAACUGGAUUAAUUUUCACUUUUUAUUAAUAGUCUCCCUUGGUUGGGGGAAGUAUUUGUCCUUUUUGAAUCAUGCAGAUGAUAGGAGACUAAUGGGGAGGAGGUUCAUUAAAGUAUUGUGACUGACUUUAUGAGGGCAGAACCCUACCUAAUACACAGUAUCUUAUGAAAUGGGAUAGAAUUCUGAGCAAAUAGUUUGCCUGCAUGCAGCACCAUGACCCACAGGGUUACACACUACACACAUUUUCAGGUUAACUGCGGACUAAUGGGGUUCUUGCUGAUUAAAGUGAAAGCUCAUACUUGGAAAAUGCUUAUUUGAUAUGGGGAAUAGGGCAAAAUAAAUUUACUGUGGGGCUGGAUGGUUCUUUGGAUCGGUGAUGGAAUAUGUGGAGCCAUUCACCUGUAGGUUACUGGUUGAAAUCCGUUCCAAGUUGGUAACAUCCUUUAGUUACCUCCACCUGAUGGAUAAUUCAUCGCCUAUGUGGAAUAAGAUGAUAGUUUCAGGCCCAUUUCACAAACUGGCACUAAUUGGCACACUUUGCAAAUCUUAACUGAUAGGCCAAUGAGACUGGACUAUCCUCUGGCCUUGAAAUGUGGGACAGUGUGGGAAUCCAUGCACUGCUUCUACUCCCACUAUUUGUUUUUUGGGUAGAGAUGAGUUUGGUCUCCAGAAACUGCCAAUCUAGACUUUUCACCAGCAGUAAAUUCACACACACAAUUUGUAAAAGGUAGAAUAAAAUUCUUUAUUUUUGUAGCUGGUGUGCAGCUCCCCAGUGUUGGCAUAGAUCUUUUUGAUGAUUGUGACUACAACUACUGUCUCCUAAGUGGGAUACUGCUAUCUGACUCAUUUGGUGCGAAGCAGUAAACACUGCUUUAAUUUAAUUUACUGUAUUUGCAACUUUCACUCUUAAGAUGUUAUUUAUUUCUGCCUUGACCAGUGCUUUUGUUGUUUUAUUCUAGCUGAUUAAUUUAGACAUAAUAAAACAACAACAUUUCCAAAUUAAUUGGUUAAUUGUUAUUCAUUUUUCUUACAUAUUUAUACUAAAAUAAAACAGUUAAGCACUUA